UUGCUCUUCCGUCGUAAGCCAUGUGGGCUUGAGGCAAUGAGAGGCUUAACUAUUUCGAAGAACAAGAAAAUAUCAAAAAUUCGAAAGCGGGAAAGCAGUAUAGAAUGUCGAUCAUUUGUUGAGUCUGACCAAUUGAUUUUGAUGAUGGAGAUCCAAAUGAAGGUCUUAGCUUUCAGGGACAUCGUGGACCUAGAUCCUUGUAAUAAUUCUAGUCCCUUACGUGAGAUGAUUGUCAAAACCCUAGAAGAUCUACAAAGGCUGUACCCUGCCAUCGUUCUAAGAUAUCAAGUGUCAGACAUCAAGGGAAAGUCAAUAGAUAAGGUUCUAGCCUUCUUCCGCAAAGCUUUGAAGUCUAUUGGAGAGUCUUGGAUUAUGAAUAAUGAUUGGAUGAAAAAUGUCAAUUUUGAGCUGCCACCGUGUAAGGAGAAGGGCAAUAUUAAAGAACUUGGUAUGUUUCUAGGUAAAAGUGUGUUGGUCAUAUUGGAUUGGUUGAUACAGCUGGCAUGUGUAAAGUUUGAAAUGGUAGAGGUGGGGAAGGAGGAGGAACACGAGUCAAGCCCACGAGGCAGCUCGUUUGGGAAGUCGACAAUGGAAUCACCAUGUUCGUAUACCUUCUCAGAUAGUAGCUUCUCUUGUAGCUCUUCUCCUGUCACUCCAAAAUCUGUUCUUCCCUCUAGCGGCCCAACUAUCUCCCCUCUCUGGUCUCUUAGAGUUCAAGCAUUGGGAAAGUUGAAGCCUAUUCACUUGAAGCACUUGUCUCUCCCCAUUGGCAACAAGACAGAAGAGGAAGUAGAUGAUAUGUGCAGUAGUUCUGCAGAUGAUGCACUAGAAGAUCUUGUUUUUGACCUGGACACGAAUGAUAAAGCGGCCCACACACCUUCUCUCUUGCAGCAUUUUCAAGUGCCUAAAUUGUCUCCUCCACCUCCACCUCCAUCCCCACCUCCAACUCCUCCACCACCUCGCUCUCCAUCUUCACCUAUUCAAGUGCCUAAGUUGUCUCUAUCUCCACCUCUACUGCCUCUCUCUCCAUCUUCACCUUUAGCAUCCUCACCUCCACCGCCACCACCAUCGCCGCCGCCACCACGGGCAAUAUUGCAUCCAAAUGUGGUUGUCACAGUCCCUCCACCACCACCGCCUCCUCUUCCAUCAAUGCCUAAAAAGGUAGUAGCUCUUGAUCAGUCGCGACUACCAUCACGAUCACCACCACCACCACUAGUUGUACAAUCUAAAAAAGAAGUGGUUCUUGCUCCACGUUCAUUGCCUUGUGCUAUAAAUGCGUCUUCGCCACCACCGCCACCGGUACAGUUGAAGGCUGGACUAGGUGCAGUGCCUCCUCCUUCAAUGCCAAGGGGAAGUGGCGUGGGUCCUCCACCACCACCCCCUCUUGGAGCAGGGAAAAGCCUACGUCCCAAAGUAACUACAAAAUUGAAAAGGUCAGCACACUUGGGUCAUCUGUAUCGAAAUCUCAAGGGCAAAUUGGAAGGAUCUAACUUGAAUGGAAAAUCUGGUGGGGGAAGAAAGAAUUCUAUUGGAGGUAGAGGAAGCGCCGGAGGUAAACAAGGAAUGGCUGAUGCUCUUGCAGAGAUGACUAAAAGAUCAUCAUACUUCCAACAAAUAGAAGAAGAUGUUCAAAAUUAUGCCAAAGAUAUUACAAGACUGGGUCCUUCCAUUACUAAUUUCAAGACAAAGGAUAUGACCGAACUGAUCAAGUUCCAUAGAGAGGUUGAAUAUGUUCUUGAGAAAUUAACUGAUGAAUCUCAGGUGCUAUCGCGGUUUGAAAGUUUUCCUACUAGGAAGUUGGAAGCUAUAAGAAUGGCAGCAGCACUCUACAAUAAGUUGAAUUUAAUACAAAUCGAGCUUCAAAAUUGGAAUGUAGUGCCUCCUCUGUUUCAGCUCUUGGACAAGGUUGAACGUUAUUUCAACAAGAUCAAGAAGGAAAUAGAUGCCUUAGAGCGAACAAAAGAUGAAGAGUCCAAGAAAUUCAAGAGUCAGAACAUCGAAUUUGAUUUCCACGUCAUCGUCAAAAUCAAGGAGUCCAUGGUGGACCUUUCCUCUAAUUGCAUGAUGUUAGCACUUAAGGAGGGACGCGAAGUUGCAUCACCAAACGGUGAGGUAUAUGUCAAAGUACUUUGGCGGGCAUUUGAAUUUGCCUUCAAGGUUUACACAUUUGCUGGUGGACAUGAUGAACGAGCGGACAGGCUAACAAGAGAACUAGCUGAAGCAAUAGAAGCUGCCCACCUAUCGCAAUAACAAAUUAAUUAAAGCCCAUUUUGUGAUGUGGACAAAUAUGUGUGUAUAUAUAUAUCGCACUCUUAUAUUUGGAUUAAAUUAAAUAUAAACAUGCAUGGUGAGGUUCUUGUUACAUGCCCACCACAAACAUAUUUUGUCCCUUCUUAAUUUUAAAGCCAU